AUGCAAAGAACCGCCGUGGACUUGGAAGAGCGCGUGUCGUACAUUCAGUCCGUCACCAAAGGCCAGGGCGACAAGGAGGACGACUUUGCUGCCAUCAAGACACCGGGUGAGCUGGAAGGUGGUGCCAUCGUCGCAGGCGGGGCCCUCGACCUGUUUUCCCGAGAAGCGUUUGGGUUGUUCGCACAGUACGCCGCGGUGGGGGUGAUCUACGGCAUGAUUCCGUCGCUCAACUACCCCAUUUUCAACGUGUACCUCAACUUGGAGGGGUACCAGACGUCGGCGUACAGUCAGUUGGUGACCAUGGGCUGGUCGUUCAAGGUGUUUAUGGGAUUGUUUUCCGACUGCUUUCCCAUCUUUGGCUACCGCCGCAAGUCGUGGAUGUUGAUUGGGUGGACCUUGACCAUGAUCUGCUUGACUGUGAUGACGUUUUCUUCGUUGGGGGACCCGUACUGCGACCGCGUUAAGGCCAAGGCGAUGAACUCAACGGCGUGCUCCCGCGUCUUCUCGCGUGCGUCGGAGAAGGAGAAGGACUUGUUCAACUUGGGCGCUCCGGACCAGGGCACCAAGUUCAUCAUGUUGUCCAUGAUCGUGUCGUUGGGCGCGAGCCGUUGGCUGUCCGCGGCCGUGUCUUGA